ACGUCGUCUGAACCAAAUGACAGUUCUCGAAGAUCAUGUGCACAUUUUAUACAUUAAACGUCUUUAAAAUGUACAGAAAUAUGAAAAUAAUAUUCUGUACACAGCUUUAUAAUAAAAUAACCUUACAGUUAUGACCAUUUUAUUUUUUAUUGCCAUGUUACUUGUUGAAGGGUUUUGGUGAAUUUCUUCAUUGAAAGCUGGAAACAUUGAUUUUAAGGAAGUUUGGUCAGGAUGGCUGCAUCAAUCCAUGUCAUUGAGUCAGUGGGGAAGUUUCUGGGAGUAGGACAUUCUUCUAAAGAAAAUCUGCAGAAAUGGAAAACCAAGGCAGAGGAAAAAAUGAAGGCCAAGGAUUUUGGACUGAGUUUAGGCAGCAGUGCUGUCUAUGUUUCCAGCAGACAGAAAAUCCUGGAAGAUGCGGAGAAGAUGAUCACAAGAAUUGACCUCUUUCAAAAACUAGAGGAAAAACAAGAGGCCCAAGAUGGUGUAUUUGCUGAAUCCAAGAUGAAAAUAGAGCCAACACCUGGACAUGCAGCUUCCUCAGACCAGUCAGUAGUGGUACCGGUAGAUGUUGACCAUGUGGAGCAUGAGAACAAAAUAGGGUCAAAUUCUAGCACGAGAUGGACUGAAAAUGAAAUGUACAGUACGGAUGAGUCAGACACAGAUUUUGAUGCAGCUUUUAACACAAAAACAUCCAACUCUGCGUAUACAUUUAUAAAUGUGGAUACAAAUGUCAAGUCAACAUGUGAACCCAAUAGUUAUGUGAAUAAUUCACAUGAUAUGUAUAAAGUGGGUCAAAGGACAGAUUCAAAUCAACCGACUGAUCAGGCUGCAGCAAAAAGUGGCUAUAAACCUAACAUUGUUUUCUUUGAUGAAUUAUCAGCUUCUGCAAAGAACAUUUCCUUCGAAAAUGAAACAUUGCAAACAAAAUUUACAACUGGGAAACUAAAGGAUCAAUCAUUGAAAGAAUCGAAUAAAUCAACAAUCAAUAAGCCCAUUGAGACCAGUGUGGAAAAACCUGAACCUGUGGUUUCUCAAGCCAAGACAGAUACAUGCCAUGAAGAACAAGAAAAUAUCACAGGUAAGCUCAAAGACUUAGAUAGCCACGAUGCAGACCUGCCUGUCUCUAUUGUGGAUAUGGAAGCAGAUUUCUGUACAGUUAAUCAACCAAGCAUUGGUGUGAGGAACAAAGAGCAAAAACAGAGCAAGCUGGCGCAUGAGGUUCUGGAACCUGGAGACCUUGUAUAUGAAAAAGAGGCCUUGCUGCAUUACAGGCUCUUUGCCCAGAUUGAGGCCAAGGAAGAACGGAACCUAUUACAGACUGAGUUAAACAACAAACUGGCGGAGUACGACUGGAAACUGAAAGCUAUUGAUGACAUCAUUGCUAUGGCAAAGGAUUUCUAUAUGAACCCAAGCACUCAGAAAGCCUCCAAGUGGAAGGAGCUGAAGAGGCGCGUGAAGAACAAGAGCAGUCACCAUAUCACUGGAACUGAGGUGCGACGCAAACUUGGAACACUGCCAGACUUCAGGCCAUACUUUACAUACUGUAUUAUUUUGGUCCAGCUUGUGACAUUCACUUUGAUCUGUGCAUACAGCGGGCUCACAUACAUUGGAUUGGAGCCCAAGCUGUCGGUGGAGACUGAUAUCCAGACGUUCCUUGGACUGGAGACAGUACACAAGUGGAUCCUCCCCAAUAUCUGGAUUGGGCCCAGCCAGAAAAAGCUUAUAGGUUUUGGUGCAGUGUACUCAGCGUGCAUGCGGGAGGAUCUCCAGGUUCAGCUGUUCUAUGCCAACAAGAACUACAGCUUGGAGGCGGAGUUGGGCUGCUGUAAAGUGGCAACAAGGGAUGUGGCUGCCACUACCACACAGUCAGAGUGUCAGAAUCUCACCAAGGGUGUGGGUCAGUGGCAUGCUGGUGUUAUGUGUAGUGAGAGGACUGCAGUUGAGGCAGGUGUGAGCCAUGUACUGCGACCAUGCUGUGUGGGACUACAGGGUCGGUGUGAACUCCUCUCAUACAAACACUGCCUGUUCUUGGGUGGUAUCUUCCAUCAACAGGGACCAGAUCACUGUAUGCAGGUAAACUGCCUGUCAGAGACGUGCCAGUUCAUGGGUAUGCAGGGCUCCAAGGAGCAGCCCUGGCUGCCAGAGGCACCCAACCAGUGGUGGAGACUGCUCCUCUCACUCUGUCUGCAUCAGGGCAUCAUACAUGUGUUGGUGGUGGCUGUGUCCCAGUGGUUCAUGAUUGGUCAGAUAGAGCGUACUGCGGGCUGGUUGCGGGUGGCCAUUAUCUACAUCUUGGCGGGAACGGGAGCCCUCUUGGCGUCAGCAACCUUCACCCCGUUUGUAUGCAGUGUAGGCGGAGUAGGUGCAAUCUGCGGCAUGCUGGCUGUAGUUUUGGUGGAACUGCUGCAGUUUUGGUCUAUUGUUAAGAAACCGCUAAGAGAACUUGCAAAACUUUCAGCAGCCAUUUUGUUCCUUUUGUUUUUAGGAACGUUCCCGUAUCUCGACGUGAUUGGUAUGAUCUCUGGAUUUGUUAUUGGUGCACUUAGUGGUGUUAUUGUUUUGCCGUAUAUUACCUUUAGGAAAUGGCAAACGCAUGCAAGAGUUGUAUUAGUGAUAGUUUCAUUUGUUCUGCUAUGUGCAAUGUUUUUCCUGCUAGGAUAUAUGUUUGUCAGAGUUCAGAGUUUUGAGAACUGUGCAGGGUGCAAGUUUAUCAAUUGUAUUCCAUACACUGAAACCAUGUGUGACCCUGAGAGAUGGCAACAGUAACAUAUUUUGCUUCACUCUUGGAAAACUGCGCUUUAUGCAUGUGUAUUAAGUGUAUUCCCAGAUUAGCCUGUGCAGUUUACACAUGCAAAUCAGGUGCGAAACUUUCCAAUUUAAAGAUGUUUUUGUUAUUAGAAUGUCUCUUGGCAAAAAUCCAGGACUGCGUAGGCUAAUCCGGGACUACACUUUACGCACAUGCAUUAAACCCUGUUUUCCCGGAACGAGGCUCAAUCGAACCAACAUACCAUGAUUACAAUUUCGGCAUUUAAGGUGUCUGACACUUAUUUAUACUAUAAUUCAUUAUGCAUUUACAUUUGUUACAUAGCUGGGUAAAUUGCAAACUAAUUUAUUUCAAUUAAAGUUUCCAUUUACAUUUGUUUUUAAUAUCUGCAGUAAUAAUAAUAUACAGAGAACCGUGUUCUAUCUCAUGCAAUUACAUGUUUAUGUUAUAAAAUGACAUGUAUUACAAAUUAUAUAAUUUUGAACAUGUUUAAGAAUUAAAUAUUAAGUU